AUGUUCUACAGCUCUCCUCGCAACCGCCUCAAGGUCCAGGUCGCGCUUUUGGAGAAGCUUGAGUGCGACAUCCUCAUGACACCCAAGCAGAUGUCUGACGCCACAAGAGGAACGUGGGAAGGGGCGCGAAAGGAUCCAUAUGUUGUGAUGCAUUCCUCCGGCACGACGGGUACCCCAAAAAUCCUGAUCCUGAAGCAAGGCACAGUUGCUGCCCACGACGACUUCCAACGCUUCACUGAACUUGGCGGAGAACCCUGGUACGGACACCACUGGACCGGCAAAAGGGUCCUCACCUCUUUUCCGUGGGUACAUGCUGGAGGCGUCUUGCUACUCGCUUGGGCCAUCUACAACUCCUUCACUACCGUAACCGCGAACGAGUGGCCUCUCAGCGGCGCAAUUGCCGAUCAUCUCCACGUUAACGGCAACAUUCAGGAGGCCUGGUAUUCGCCAUCCGUGGUCCAAGACGUGGCACGUAAUAGCACCUAUCUAGAGAAUAUCGCCAAGCUCGAUGAUGUCUCCUACGCCGGCGGUAUUCUCCCUGCAGACAUGGGCAACGCUAUUAAUGCCCGCACGCGCCUGUUCGGUACGUUUGCCUUGACAGAGACCGGGAUUGUACUUGGUGAGAUGCCACCGGCAGAGGACUGGGGGUACUACCGCUAUAAUAACUGCUUGGGACACUCGUUCCGCCACUUCGCCGGCGACAUGUACGAGCUCGUACACACGCGCGACGAGGCUAUUGAGCCCUUCCAAGGUGUAUUCUACACCCUUCCCGACGCGGAGUCUUAG